UAUGAACAAUGCUUUAAAAACUUUAUAUAUAGUUUUUGAAAUAAGUAAAGAUAACCAAAGUUUUUUUGCAGGAGCUCUAACUAGCUCUUCAUAUGUUGGAGCCUUCUUUGGAGCAAUCUUAACUACUUUCAUUAAGAAAUAUCAUACAGGAAUUUUAAUAGCAGACAUAUGCUUAUUUGUGGGAAGUUCAUUAUUGAUUUUUUCAGAUAUCUAUACAUUUUUUAUUGGAAGAUUAAUAGCAGGAGUAGGUUGUGGAAUUUGUGCAGUUUGUUAGCCUGUAUUCAUAAGACAAUUUUCACCUACGUCAAUGUAUUCAUCUAUGGGUGGAAUAUUAUCAACAGUUUUUUCCUUUGGAUACUUUUUAACAAUGCUUUAUGGAGUAUGGUUUCCUACAACAGAUAAUAUUACAUCUCCUGAUUAAUUGAACCAAUAUUUUUGGAGAAUAUAUUUUUUUGUUGGUGGAAUACCAAGUUUAAUUAGGAUUAUUGUUAUGAAAACUAUAUAUAAUUUCUAGACUCCUAUCUUUUAUAUACAAAAUAAUUAAGAUGAUAAAGCAUUAACAGUAUUGAAAAAGAUAUAUCAAAGUACGAAUUAUUAAGAAUUAUUGGAAAAUAUUAGGGAAUAAUCAUAAACAUAAAAUAAAUAAGUUGAAUUGGGAGUGACAAUCAGAAAACAUAAGAAAUAAUUCUAAUUUGGAUUAUUUUUAAUGUUCAUAUUCUAAUUUUGUGGAUUCAAUGCUGUAGUACAAUAUUCAACAUAAAUUUUUAAUGAUUCAUAACCUUAAAAGACUGCUUAGUUUUUAUCAUUUUUGAUUUCAGUACUAAAAUGGAUAUUGUAUAGUUUUGCUGGGACAAUUACUCUCAAGUAUUAUGGUAGGAGGAAACCUUUAUUGGCAGGACUCACAUUAAUGUUAAUUGCUAAUUUUGGAAUCUUCUUAUUUUCUUAUUUAAAUAAUGAUGACAUGAUAAUUGUGUUCAUCUUUGUAUUUGUAUUUGCUAAUUUCAGUUCGACUGGCCCUAUUGUACCUGUCUAUAUGCCUGAAUUUGUUCCUUAACAAUUAAUUUCAUAUUGCUAUUAUACUUUUUGGUUCUAUUCAAUCAUUAUUUUAUUGGUUUUUCCAAUCGCCAUGUACACUUAAGUAAUUUAUUAAGCAAAAAUCUGGGUAUGGAGAAUUGUUUCCUGUUUUUCGCUGUCAUCACUUUAUUAGGUGUUGUGAUAUUUUAUAAGUAUGGUGUUGAGACAAUGAACAAGACUAAUUAGGAAAUAUAUUAAUUAUUUAAAAAGAAUGUCACAGACUCCCUGGUUUAAAUGAUUUAGUGA